AUGUCUGUUGCCACGCUAUCUGUUCAGCAAUUGCAAGAGAUGAUUGCCAAUACCAUCAAAGCGCAAUAUGGCGGACCAUCUCAAGUCUCACCCAUAUACUCAAAGCCAUACAUUAAGCGGAUCGAUGCAUUGAGGAUGCCAGCGGGAUACCAACCCCCAAAACUUCAACAAUUCGACGGUAAGGCGAACCCCAAACAACAUAUUGCUCAUUUCAUUGAAACUUGCAACAAUGCGGGGACUAACGGCGAUCUCUUGGUGAAACAAUUCGUAAGAUCACUCAAGGGAAAUGCUUUCGAUUGGUAUGUCGAUUUGGAACCCGAGUCCAUCAACAGUUGGGAAGAGAUGGAACAUGAAUUCUUGAAUCGCUUCUACAGCACGCGUCGUACUGUAAGUAUGAUCGAGCUUACCAAUGCGAAGCAGUGGAAAGAUGAACCAAUUGUGGAUUACAUCAACCGUUGGCGUGCACUAAGUCUAAAUUGCAAGGAUAAGCUAUCGGAAGUGUCGGCAAUUGAGAUGUGUAUCCAAGGGAUUCAUUGGGGGCUUCUCUACAUCUUACAAGGGAUUAAGCCUCGAAAUUUUGAAGAAUUGGCUACGCGUGCCCAUGAUAUGGAGUUGAGUAUCGCGAACUAUAAGAGUGCACUCCCACUAGAUGGUCAAAAAGGGGAAAGAAAGGAUUUUAAGAGAAACGAAAAAUUCUCUAAAACUUCUACCAAGGAGUCAAUGGCCAACUCGAAUGUUACAAGUGUCACUCCACUCUCAAGCGACACAUGUCCCGCAUGGAACACCCAAAAAUGCCCGCCCGCACCUAUGAAGAAAGUGUCUGUAUUUCAAUUUGGGAGUUUGGAACCAAAAUUGGUAAGGGCUUUAUUUCACGAGGAGGAAGUCAUACACGAUGAAAACCCCAUUUCUGCUAUUGAGGAUGAUGGAGAAUGGAUUCUAGUGACACGUCGGCAGAGACAGAGGGGACGUGUUGAAAAACUUCAAGUAAUGCCAUCACGAAACCCACAGCCAAUAAAAUACAUUCACCAUGCCAAAUCGAACAAAGACUCAAAGGUGAGUGAUGAUGCUUCAAGAAAAUCUUACGGAAGUUCGGUUCCCAAGCACGUGACUUUGAAAGAGUUCUUUCCGAAAGAGUUUUUCCUGCAAAAAGUUGAAAGAGCAUACGUUUAUCGGAUGAGAGCGACAAUCAACAUUAUAUUCCUUGUUGUGCUGCUAUGA